AUGCCCCUGGUUCCCCACCUGCCCCCGCCGCCCGCCGCGCUCUGCGGCUCGCCGACGGCCCCUGCCCUGACGCCGCCGGCGCGCCCGCGCGCGAGCGACGCCGGCGGUUUGGACGGCGCAGACGACGCGCCGCUGGUCAGCCGGCGUGCGCCGCCGCUGGCCCUGCCGCCCGCUGCGCACGGCCCCGCCGCGCCCGCGGCGCGGCCGUGCGGCCGCGUGAGGGGCGUCCUGUUUGCCGCCGUGUUCCUCACGCCGGCGUCGCGUGAGGUGCUGCUGGCGGUGCUGCCCGCGCGCCACCCGCUGGUGCGGGGCGACCACAUGAUCCUCGCGCUGCGCCCCACCAAGGCGCAGCUGCUCGCGCUGCCGCUCGGCGCGGAGGUGCCCCUCCGCAUCAUCGGGCAGGCGGCCGACAGCCGAGCCCAGGCGCUCGCCGCGGACCCGCCCGCGUGGCUGCCGCCGACCGCCGCCGGCGCGACGCACGUGGCGCUGUCGCUGGCGCCGGGCGUGCGGGGGCGCGAGGCGGGGGCGCUUCUGAUAGACGCGCUGCAGCGCGCGGCGGCUGGGUGCGGCGCGGAGGACGCUUUUGGCGGCGCCGCUCCAGGUGCCUAUGAGCACUUCUCAGACCCCCUCGAGCUGGCCGGCUUUGUGGGCGUGGCGCUGGAGAGCGGGGAGCGCGCCUUCUCGCUGCGCGCCCUGCGGGACCGCGGCCUGCUGGCCCUCACGGCGGCGCAGGAGGCGGCGUAUGACGCGGCGCACGGCGCGCGGCUGCGCUCUGCGGCGUCGGUUAGGAGCGCCGCGCACGACGGCGGCGGCCUGGGCGACUUUUGGGGCGCCGUGGAGGGGCCCCAUAUUGCGCUGCGCUCCCUGGGGCCUCCGCUGCCGUUAUGCCAGGCGCCCCUGGUUGCUCUGACCACCGGCCUCGCCGCCGCCGCGUCCGGCUCGUCGUGCUCUCCUUCGGGAGCUGUUGCCUAUCAGGGUGACAGCGCCGCGCUCGCCCGCGGCGGGCGGACGAGCAGCGGCGACACCGGCAGCGGCGGUGGCGGCGGCGGCGGCAGCGCCGCGAGCAGCAGCAGCGGGGACGGCCCCGUGGUGUAUGCGAGCGCGGUGCACGCGGGCGACUGGGCGCUCGUGGUGCCGCUGCUGGCGGAGGAGGCGCGCGACGAGGCGGGGCGCGCGGCCGUGGUGAUGCGCGAGGGCUGGGUCAAGGACGUGGUGGCGGACGAGCCUUACCAGCCUAAGGCAGCCGACGCCGCCGCCGACGCCGCCGUCGCGGCGCUGCCCGCGGGCCGCGCCGUGCUGCGCCCGCGGCGCGCCAGGGGCGCCGAGGACGACGGGGAGCUGAUGCGCGCGCUGAGCGGCGGCGCGUUCGGCGAGUUGGGCGCGGGCGGCGGCGGUGCCUCUGCCGCGGGAGAGUCUGGGCGGGACAACCUUGAGCUUUGGCUCGAGUUCGAGCGGCUGAAGCGGCAGUUUGGUGAGGCGCUGUGUACCGCCAUCAUGGAGGACUGCGACAAUGACUUUGCGGUCGCAAUCAGGACGAUCAAAGAGAAGGGGGAUGCCGCCGCCGCUGCUGGCGCGGCUGCCGCCGCCGCGGCGGCGCCCCCGACGCCGGAGGCGUGGGGCUCGCCGCGCCGCGACGGCUGGGGCGAGCCGGGCUCGGCGUCGCCCGGCGCGGCGGCGACGGCGGCGGCGCGUGUGAACGAGGUUGUCAUGCUGGCCGCGGCCCAGGGCGUGCCCGCGGCGGCCGCCCUGGAGCUCUGCGCAACGCUCAAGGCCGUCGCCCCCACCGCGGCCGUCGCCGCGCUCGCGCGGCGCGGCGGCGACGUCAACGCGGCGGCGGAAGACCUGCUGAGUGGAGCCACCAGCGGCGCCACCAGCGGCGCGCCCGCGGCCGCGCCCGGCAACCAAGCGGCGCGCUCGGCCGGCGCCGGGCGCGCGGCGGGGCCCCCUGAGGACCCCGCCCACGCCGUGGCGCUGCGCCGCCUGCAGGAGAUGCUCCCGGCCGUUCCCACAGCGGUCGCGUCGGCGGUGCUCAGGCAGCACCACGGCGACGCCGACGCCGCGGCGCGCGAGCUGAUUGGGGCGGCUGAGGGCUCGGGCGGUUUUGCCGGUGCGGCGGAGCGGGGCGGGCGGGAGCUGUCUGAGCAGGAGCAGUUGGAGGGGCUCAGAGCCGCGGGGCUGUGGGACGGCGACCCGCAGCCGCGCACGCACGACGCGCCGGCGGCGGAGGCGUGGGGGCCGAGCGAGGGCUCGGCCGGCGGCCGGCGCGGGGGGCGCGGCGGAAGCGGCAAUGGAAACGGCGCCCGCGGCGGCCGCGGCAGUGGCAACGGGCGGCGCGACGCGCAUAUGUACUCGGAUGAGGAGCUGGCCGACAAGACCCAGGAGGAGCUCAAGGCGCUCGCCCAGGACCUGUGGCGCAGGGCGGCCUCCCACUUCAAGAGCGCAGACGUGUUCGAGGCCGCGGCCCAGGAUGCCAUCCUCGUCCGCAACGACGAGGCGGGCAUGGCCACGCUGAUGGCCCGGUCGCGCGCGGAGCGCGCAGAGGCCAACCGCUAUAAGAACGAGGCGAGCCGCAUCUCAUACAAGGCGAACAACCUGGACAAGCGCAACGAGUGGGUCAUUGACCUGCACGGCCUCGCAAAGGCGGCCGCCAUCCGCAAGGUCGCCAACGACCUCCAGCUGCUGUCGUCUGUGGCCCACAGCGGCGGCGUGCUGGUCCGCAUCAUCACCGGCAAGGGGCUGCACAGCGCCAACGGCGUGCCGGUGCUGCGCGCGCAGGUGCUGCAGCACCUGUCAGAGAUGCGCUUGGAGCACCGGGUGGACCCCGCCAACGCCGGCGUGGUGCAGGUGUUCCUGCAAGAGGGCGGCGCGCGGCGCGGCAGCGGCGACGCGGGGGCCAGCACCAGCUAUGGCGCCUGA